AUGAAGCGAUUUACAAACCUCUCCGUCGAGGAUACCAUCGAUGACAAUGACCUGUUGAUAUCCAGACCGGCUUCUUCGGCUCGUCCGGGACUAGGGACCAUUCCUUCUCAGGAUCACCUCAGUCUAUAUGACUAUGCCCGAGUCGGUUCGCAGCAACAUUUGUCGCUAGAUCAGCAUCUGACGAUAUCUAAGGUGUCUCUAGAUUCACAUACGGAAUAUGAGCCAAUUGUGCAGCCUGCUGUUCAGCAAGGCCAGUAUAUGGCGCAUAAUGCUCAAAAGGAGGACGACAAACGGUAUGUUCGAGGAUCCCAGGUCAGCUUGGCCAUUUCCGUGAUUUCGGCUUUGCUUGUCGUGGGCCUCGAGGGUUUCAUGUAUGGCGUCAUCAAUGUUCACCGGACGGAGUUCCCAUCGGACGCUCGGUACAUGGAGAUGUCCAUUUUCCUUGCACUUUUCAUCUUCGCUGGUUUCUACCAGGUGUUGGUGACAGUGAUUGCCCAGCAUACGAAGAAUAUGUUGCUUUUCUCGCUCUUGUGCUUGUUCUACGCUACCAUGGUCAUCUACACUGGCAUCCAGUACAAGGAAGUGUCAGCCAACUUGAACUUGGUGAGCUCUUCUGCAUGGCGAGCUGCGGCCAGGGGCACUAAUAUCGCCGCUAUCGGCGUCUUAGCGGUAACUUUUGUGUUGCAGCUGUUCAUGAUCUACUUUGUGCUCAACAGGUCUGUCCAGUGGUUCAAGUUCAAGAAGAUCGGCGCCUCCAUCGCCAUCAAGCGCAUGUACACGGUGUUUCAGAUCCACCGGAGUCUUUUAAUUUUCGACUUGUUCUUCUUCUUGGGCUUCACCGUGCAGUUCAUCGUGGUGAUGGUGUCUGACAAGACUUCCAAGGAAUUCAUUCUCACCUGUUGCAUGCUCCCGCUUACGCUAGUGGUGAUAUUCCUUGCUGAUUUUGCUGCAACACGAGAGCUACUUUGGCUCAGUUUAUUCACUCUUUGCUGUCUCUGUGGCGGAGUAGUCUACGUGCUUUUCAAGACGAUCCGUUUGUUCACAAAAUACACCUCAGCCUACGACGUGGCCUUGGAGCCAGGCUCCUACUUUCCCGGGCGAACCUCCAUGGUCACUUUCGCCGUCAUCACCCUCGUUUUUCUUUUUGUCACUAUCGCUUUUGAGGCUUGGCUGGUGUGGAACUACAACAACGGGUUGCUUCUGUCCGUAAACACAUACUACAGCAAGCUCCCACUUUCUGGUUCCAGAACCACGGAGCACGAGAAAACGGACGCUGAAUCCAUCCUUAUCGACUAA